AUGCCCUCCACCCCAGAGACUAGGAAACGCGCGGUGGCGGGAAUCCUCGACCGACUUUCCAGACGCAAUGAAGCGGUUUUGACCAUUUCGCAGUGUCAGCAGAUAGGCGUCAACGUUGUUUCUAUCGAGCUGGAAGAGCCUUCGGCCUCCGCCCAACGCCCUCACUUUUUUUCAGGCCAUAUCCAGAGAUUGGAGUAUGACGCCGAAGUGGCUUCCAAGUCCGGUCCUGACGCAACCCUCAAAGAGCGCUUAGCGGCUCACCCUCAGUCCCGUGUGCGGCAAAUCGGGAUGAUCUUAAACCAUCAUAUCUGGCAUGCUCUACGAGUCGACAUGCCAAAAGGACAAUCAGUGUUGAUACGAGCUAGAGAAUGGAGCUACGUCAACAUGGACGAGAGUCCUACUCUUUCCGAGAUCUACUUGGGCUAUAGACCGUUAGGACGCCGGUCAACACACCCAUUGUCCGCACUCUUCGAGGUCGAUGAUCAGCGGUUACCGCAUGUGACGAUGGUUGUUGAGCAUUACAGCGAGGAAGAAGCUGGCGACGGCAUCCUCACCCAUGAGUUGGCUUAUAUCCUUCUGGCGAUGCAAGUGCGGUACUCUCAGCCUGAAUUCAGGGAGUACAAGACAAUCCCGGUUCUACUUCUAUCCUUCAUGACUCCACAGCACGGGAGGAUCAUGGAGGCGUAUCUGGAGGGCGGAAAACUCACACUAGGAGUCAGUCGUUGGCUUCUCGGCGACCCAGUCGGCCUCACAUCAGUCUCUGAGACGUCUGACAGGGCAAGCCACGAGACUCAGAUCGCCCAGGAGAGGACAGCUGCGGCAGGAUCACCUGAACCAAGCGCCACGUCUGAAGGAGGCAAGGGGAAUAAACGUCCACUUAGAAGUCAAUCAGCGAAAUCUGGCGGGCAGAAGAAGCGUCGCAAGUGA